AUGGCUCAACCUGUGUUGCGUUUAGUGUGUUUGGUGUUCCUCUUGCUGGUUGUUUUGGCAGAGGGAGGUCCUCAAAAGCCUAAGAAAGUGAAAUGCAAAGACAAAAAAUACAAAAAUUGUUACCACAAGGACUUAUAUUGCCCUGCAUCCUGCCUUCGUUCCUGCUUUGUGGAUUGUUCCACUUGCCAAACGGUUUGUACACCACCGCCCCCGCCUCCACCGUCACCUCCGCCGCCUCCGCCAAAAUCUAAGAGGCUGCGAUCUCCACCUCCUCCCAAGGUGCAUCCUUCCCCUCCGCUUCCUCCGACCACCUAUACCCCUCCCUCACCUCCACCUCCAACUAGUUUAAGUCCGUCAUCUUGGUAUCCUCCUCCACCUCCGGCUUCUUCGGAGGUUUCGGGAGCAAAGAGAGUAAAAUGCAAGAACAAUAACUAUCCUCAUUGCUACGGCAUGGAGCUACGUUGUCCCAGCAGUUGUCCUGAGCAAUGUGAGGUGGACUGCGUUACAUGCAGUCCCGUUUGUAACUGCAACAGGCCAGGCGCAGUCUGCCAGGACCCUCGAUUCAUCGGCGGCGAUGGAAUCACAUUCUACUUCCACGGCAAGAAGGACAAAGAUUUCUGCAUAGUUUCCGACACAAACCUCCACAUCAACGCCCAUUUCAUCGGAAAACGAAACCAAAACAUGAAAAGAGACUUCACUUGGGUCCAAUCCCUCGGAAUUCUCUUCGACAACCACAAACUCUCCAUCGGUGCAAAGAACACAUCCACAUGGGACGACACCGUGGACCGCCUCUCCUUAUCAUUCGACGGCGAACCCAUCUUCCUUCCCGAUAUCGAAGGCGCCAAAUGGAAUCCAACAACAUCAUCACAGGAUGUCACCAUCACAAGGACCCAAAAUGCAAAUUCCAUUGAAGUCCAAGUGGAAGGAAAUUUCAGGAUCAAAGCAAAUGUGGUUCCCAUAACCGAGAAAGAUUCGGUGAUACAUAAAUAUGGGAUUACCAAAGAGGAUUGCUUUGCUCACCUUGAUUUGAGCUUCAAGUUUUACUCACUGAGUGGGGAUGUUAAUGGAGUCUUGGGCCAGACAUAUGGAAACAAGUAUGUGAGUAGGGUUAAGAUGGGGGUGAGUAUGCCAGUUCUAGGUGGUGAUAGAGAAUUCGCAUCUUCAAGUAUAUUUGCCACGGAUUGUGAAGUUUCAAGAUUCAAUAUUAAUAAUGGAGAGUCUAAGGGCAAUUCUUCCUCGGAGAAUUAUGAGUUUGUGAAAAUGAAAUGUGAUAGCAGGAUGGAUGGUAGAGGUGUUGUGUGCAAGAGAUAAAAGAUUUCUGAAUUACGUAUAAUUUAUAGUAUUAUAUAUACACACACAAUUCACCCUGUCUUUGUUGGUGAGAAAUAAG